AUGAUUGAGGGACAAAAACUAGUAAAGAGAAGCCCCAAGUUCUUAUCAAAUAAAGAAUUCUUACUUUUUAUCUCCAUCAUUUCAUUUCAGCUUUUUCUCUUUCUUCUCGAUGCAGCUACACAAUGUGCACUUUUAGCUGUGAUGUCCUAUGACCGAUACUUGGCAAUCUGUGACCCCAUGCACUACCCUCUCAUCAUGACUUGGAAAGCAUGUGGCCACUUGGCCUUAGGGUGCUGGGUCAGUGUUCUUCUAAUAUCCUUAGUGGAUACUACAUUCACACUAUGUCUCCCCUACCAAGGAGACAAUAGGAUUGCCCAUUUCUUUUGUGAGGCUCCAGCAAUCUUAGCCUUGGCAUCUGGAGAUAACUACAGAUCACAGAUGGUCAUUUUCCUUGUGGGUGUGGUGAUUCUUCUUGUACCUGUAUCCCUAAUCCUCAUCUCCUAUGGCUUUAUCAUUGUGACUGUCAUCAGGAUGAAGACAACUUCAGGGAGGCUCAAGGUAUUUUCUACCUGUGGCUCCCACCUUCUUGUGGUUAUCCUUUUUUAUGGAUCAGGAAUCAUGAUUUAUGUGACACCCAUGUCAUCCAAAGAGCAAGGGAAAUUGGUGUCUGUGUUGUAUGCUGUGGUAAACCCCAUGCUUAACCCUCUCAUCUACAGCCUGAGGAACAAAGAUGUUAAGAGGGCCCAAGCACUAUCCUGGAGAUAA